AUGGAGUUCUUCACUGAGAGCUACUCUGGACGACCAAUUCGAAAAGUCUGCUAUCACUCUGGGACCCAUGUGCCUACGAGUAGUGUCACGAACGUGGCUGGUGUGUCGGGAACACUUCUGUCCUGUUGGAGUCGCUUAAAAACUCUCUUGACUGAGAUUUUCCUUCCUCAAGGUUAUCCGUCUUCCGUUAGCGAUGACUACAUGCAGUAUCAGCGAUGGGACACACUGCAAGCGUUUGCGAGUUCUCUGACUGGAGCCCUGGCCACGGAAGCUGUUCUCAAAGGAGCUGGAGUGGGCGAUCAAUCAGCUUCCACCCUGGCAGCCUCGCUUACAUGGCUCACAAAGGAUGGACUGGGGAUGAUUGGCCGCUCCGAGCUUGACUACGACUGCAAGAAGUGGCGUUUCGUGGCCGAUAUAUUCAACGAUUUGGCCUUUUUCAUCGAUCUUAUCUCGCCAGCUUUAAGUGGCUCUUUCUUUGUUUGCGCCUGUACAUCAUCUAUUUUGCGAAGUGUCGUCGGAGUAGCAGGAGGGGCCACCAGAACAGCCAUCGUGCAACAUCAGGCUCGUCGAAAUAACCUUGCUGAUGUUGCGUCAAAAGAUGGCAGCCAAGAAACGGUGGUGAACAUUUCUGCUCUUCUUGUUUCACUUAUUAUGUUGCCUUUAGUCAGCGGCAAGCUGGCUUUCAUUUUCACGUUCACCCACUUGUAUGCGAACUACCAAGCAGUACGUUCUUUGAAUAUGGAGACAAUGAAUCAGAAAAGAGCUUUUAUGCUCAUAAGGUCAUGGUUAUCUUGUGGGAAGAUUCUGUCUGUCCGCGAAUGUAAUAUUGCUGAACCGCUGUUCUCUUCUUUUGGCAAACGAUAUUUAGGAUGCUCACUCUUUGACCUUUUGUCCUAUCAUAGAAGAGUCCCUUCUUCUCGAUUGGUCAUGAAGGACUCGUAUACACUGCUGUUUGAUACAAGCCGAAAUAUUGGCUGGAUUGCCAUGGCAGAUGGCGGAUGCAACUACUCUGCUCUAAAUGCUUUAUUCGAUUUAGAGACUCUUGCUAAAAAGGACACUCCUUCUAACGACUUCAUAAUAUUCAUGGACGAACUACGUAAACACGGAUGGGAAGUUAAUAUUAGCAACCUGGGAUUCGAUGAAUGGGCAUAUUCUACAAAAUAG